GAGGGUGCGGCAGGGAGGCCCCCAUGUCCACCUACAACCCGCAGAAUCGGGUCGACGCGGUCGCGGCCGCGCUCAAGGGCAUCGGGGCGAAUGGCAUGCCUGGCACCUGCGUUCGCGCUUGGCACGGCGAACCCCAUCACCGAGCGGGUGCCCCUUGUCAUCACGUGAUACACUUUGGCGGGACUUGCUCGGCCAUGGUGAACAAGGCGUGCGGGUGCUCGAUCUUCUGGUCGAAGUUCUAUGCGAUGAACGUCAGGAGGAUCAUCCCGCCGCCUGGCGGCCUUCGUGGCAGAAGGGGCAUAGUCUACGGGGAGUCGGGCCCGCCGCGACGGUCCCGCCCAGGGGAGGUCAAGCUCUGGAAGACCACGAGCACGCGCCUCACCGCCUGGGCCCGCGACGAGUUCCUCCCAGUGCCCAGCCGCUCCACACCUGGGAUUAUUGGCCAGACGUACCACGAGCUGCACAAGCGGAUGAAGCUGACGGCGGUCAACACGCAGUGGGACACGGGCCACACGUUCUUAGGCUCGAGCGGGGCGUCCUCACUGAUCGAUUACGUGUGCCUCCCGCAGUCUGCCGCCGAGGGCGUGGACCAGGAGGUGGCGAUCACCAGCGGCACGGAGGGCUUCACGGGCGACACCUCCGAGCCCGAAUUCUUCAUGAGCAACUACCACAUCGCGGCCCUGAGGGGGGCCCUCGUGGACCAGGCGGCCACCAGCGAGGCGAUGCUUAUCAACUUCGGCGACAGCCCGCCCAUGAUGGACGCGAGCCUGGGGUGCAUCAGGGAUGACAUCUUCAAAACGCAGCUCGUUCCGCCCACCGCGCGCUCAGCCUUGGUGGAGGGGCGGGGCUACCAGCGGAACGAUGCAGGCCUUGGCACUGCGCUGGAUGCGUGGCAGCAGUACGGCCACACUCGAGCGAAGCUGGACGUGGUCGCCACGCUGGGUUUACGGCAGCGGGUCCUCCAGACUUUCCAGGCUCUUGCCAGCAGUGGGUGCCGAAGCGGCUACGAGCUCAAGCACCUGGCGGGCAGGUUCAACGCGGUGCACUCCAACGCGACGGAGUUGGCCAUGCGCCUGGCGGUGUUCAACGAGGGCGGGAUGAUAUUGCAGGGCUUCUGGCACUCCUCCACCCCCAAGCGCGCCAAGCGUCCCAUGAUCAUCAACUGGGUGUGGGGGGCGGCCGUGUCAGGCACCACGGCCUACUGCUGGACCGUCUCGGGGGCUCGCCAUUGUAGCAGUUCUUUGUCGCACUGGUUCUGGAGCCUCGUCCCGUCCAGGGUGGGCCACGUCGUGAGUGUCUUCUUCGGGGAAAUGAAGUGGGAGCUGAGUAGUGAAUAUAGAGGCCCACCUACGCAUGUGGAGUCUGGGCAGUUCAAUUCGGCUGCUGUUAUUCAUCCUUGGGCGCGUCAGUUGCAACGCGAUCUUGAGGCCCUCCGCGACCACCCAGAGGCGGAAUUCUCCUUUCUGGCCUGGGCGAGCCGUACGCUGAGGGACUUGCGGUGGGACGAGGAGGUGAACGGCCUCUUUGUCUCCCUCGAUUUAAGGCCCGCCGACAGCGACAGUCGCAAGAGCUUGAAGGACGGCACGGGCGCGAUCCUGGAGGACAAGUCGCUUGUGUUCAAGGCGAUGCAGCAGGAGAGCCAGGACUUCGUGCAGGUGGCGAACCAGAAGCGCGCGGAGGUCAGUAGGCUGAUGGACCAGGCCAAGGAGCCGAAGGACACGGUUGGGGCAGCAGCCCACCAGGUCGACAAGGAGGCCGACAAGACGAUGGAUGGACCUCGCAACCUGGGCCCCCCCGCGCCCGCGGUCUUCUGCGCCAUGAUCGAGGCGAUGGCGGAUGAGGAGAUCGGCAAGAGGCCCAAUGACGUCCAGGUCGCGCGGCUGGCCGAGAUGGAGGAG